GUGCAAAGCACAUUGAUCGUCAUCAACAACAUCCACCAUGGCGCCAGAACUCUCCCAAAACAAGGCCGUCAAGAUGGUCGCGCACGCCGCGGCGAACAAGUACGCCAUCUGCGCAACAUGCUGCUACAAUGUAGAAGGCAUUCUCGCAUCUGUCCGCGCCGCAGAAGCCAAGCGGGCUCCGCUCAUCAUCCAACUCUUCCCAUGGGCGGUGACGUACGCCGAUGGUGUUCUCGUCCAUGCCGCUCGCGAAGCAGCAGACAAUGCCAGCGUGCCCAUUGCUCUCCACAUGGACCACGCCCAAACGCCCGAAAUGGUCAAGCGGGCAGCCAACUUCAAGAACGGCUUCGACGGCAUCAUGGUGGACAUGAGCCACUUCGACGACAACCUGGAGAAGACGGCCGAGCUAGUCAAGUACUGCAACGAGCGCGGCAUCAUUACAGAAGCGGAGCCAGGACGCAUUGACGGCGGCGAGGACGGCGUGGGCGACUUGAGCGAAAUGGGCCUCGAGGCCAUCCUCACCACGCCCGAGCAAGCCGAGGACUUUGUGGCAACGGGAAUCAACUGGCUGGCCCCCGCUUUCGGCAACGUGCAUGGAAACUACGGCCCGAAAGGACCGCAACUCGACUACGAGCGCCUGAAGCGCGUGCACGCCAAAGUCGGUGACCGCGUCAAUCUUGUGCUGCACGGUGCAGGCGCCGAGUGGUUCCAAGAGAAGCUGCUGAGAGAGUGCAUCGACUGUGGCGUUGCCAAGAUGAACAUCAACGAUGGAUUUAACAAUGACUUCCUCAACGUCAUGAAGCAGCAUGCAGCAUCGACGCCCAUUACUGGCCUGAUUGAGAAGGCGACGGAUGCCAUGCAGAAGAGCAUUGAGAACUACAUUGUCUGGAUGGGAGGCGAGGGUAUGGCAGACAAGGUGUAAGCGUGUGCAAGUAAGACGGGGAGAGAUGAGUAAAAAUUUUGCGAGUAGGUGUAUAUAUGAUAUGAUUGCGAUUUUGGCUUUGUAUCGAUGCAAC